AUAUUUUCAACAUUUCCACACGACUAUCAGUUAAUACCUUGGGACAUUGACAUUCGCACCUGCAAGUAACCAUUCGCGUAACCAGGACCUCCGAUAUCGCUCGCCCAGAGGGGUCAUUUCAUGGGUUGUGGGGCGUCAGUCAACACAGGGCGACGUGAAUCUGGUGCGGAGGGCGUUCAAGGAAAUCCUGCAGAACAACUGCUGACGCAGCUGGUGACGAGCGACAUGAGCAGGUUUGCAAGUAAAGAGCUGCAAGCAUCUGCACAGGAUGCGGCAAAGGAAGCAAGCGCGUCGGACGGCAAUGGCCUUGCCGCUGAGACAUCGCAGAAGCUGGUGCUGGAGCGGGUGUGCUCGAGUGUGCGCGACGAAUGGCAUGCUGAUGAGGUUGACUCUCUCGGCAAACAGCUGCGUCUGUCAAUCGUGGUGUUCGGCGCCUCGGGCGACUUAGCCAAGAAGAAGACCUACCCCGCGCUUUACGAGCUCUUCAAAAAGGGAUUCCUUCCGCGACGUCUGCAGAUUGUGGGCUAUGCACGCUCCCGCAUGAGCACCCAGGACCUGCGUGACCGGCUGCGCCCCCACCUGAGCCGCCAGCCGGCCGAGUGCGAGUGUGUGGAGCAGUUCCUGAACAGCUGCUCCUACCUGGCGGGGGAGUACGACGCCCCCGCCGGCUACGAGGCUCUAGGGGCGGCCCUGACCGCUUGGGAGGCCACCAUGUGCCGAGCUGCAGGGGGCGGAGGGGG